AUGGCGAUCAAUCUAGGCCGUCUAUUCUCAUCAACGACCGUUCUCUCAACCCCUAGUAGAGCCGAGCCUCUAACUCGUGCCGCCAUCAACUCAGUGAGUCGACUCUUGUGUUCAUCGGCUACGCAAUCUCAAUCCCAGCACGAAAACCCCAGCAAGGAACAAAGAGAGCCCACCGACGAAAAACUUGAAAGCACUGAAAAUCAAGCUGAUGACGGGGAAGAAGAAGAAGAUGAUGAUGAAGACGAUGGGUAUAUGAAUAAAGAGACGGGUGAGAUCGGCGGGCCCAAAGGGCCAGAGCCCACCCGAUUCGGCGAUUGGGAGCGAAACGGUCGGUGCUCUGAUUUUUGA